AUGGAUCCACAAAGAUUGCAUGAAUUCUUCAAUAGCGUUGCCGAAGUGAUAGGGGAAGACAAUGUCUCCCGUGAUCCCUACUCGGGUGGCUUACAGGGCCCUUCGGGCUCGACUGCCUAUGGUGACCCUUUCGCAUCCUCCACAAACCAUGACCCCAGUGGAGCCACACGUCCAAAGAAUGUUGAGGAGGUUCGUGAGAUUGUUCGGCUAGCGAAUCGAUUUUUAGUCGCGCUGUGGACGGUUUCUCGCGGGAAGAAUCUUGGGUACGGUGGGUCUGCACCAGUAGUCAAGGGAACUGUUGUGCUGGACUUGCACCGAAUGGACAAAAUUCUCGAGAUUAAUGAAGAAUACGGCUACGCUAUUGUGGAACCAGGCGUGUCCUUUUUCGAUCUGUAUGAAGAAAUCCAGAAACAGGGUCUCAAUCUCUGGCCCUCUGUGCCAGCCAUUGGCUGGGGCUCGGUCCUUGGAAAUACUACGGAUCGUGGGUUUGGCUAUACACCUCUGGGAGACCAUGCUCAGGCGCAAUGCGGCUUGGAGGUGGUCUUGCCAAGCGGCGAGUUGCUGCGGACAGGCAUGGGUGCGAUGGAGGGCAGCCAGCUUUUCGCACUUUACAAAGGCGGCUUUGGUCCCAGCGUGGACGGAAUUUUUUUUCAGUCUAACCUAGUCACAAAAUUAGGCAUUCAAAUGAUCCCCGCUCCGGAGGCCUAUGCUACCGUCGAAGUUGAAGUGCCCAAAGAGUCAGACCUUGUGCCCCUUGUGGGUAUCUUGUCAGACUUGAUGCGUCGCUCAGUCAUUCUCAAUUCCCCGUCAAUUGCCAACCUUUUUCGCAUCGCCCUCACAUCGAGAGUCCCUGAGGUACAGCAGAGGCUGCAAGGGUACAUGAAACCGAACAGCUGUGUGCCCUCUGAUGUACUCGAAGAAAUCCGUGCAGAGCAAAAGUGGGGUUUCUGGAGGGCAUAUUUCUCCUUAUACUCGCAGGUUGAGAUGCUUCCCGGGCUACUUCAGGCUACUCAGCGCGCAUUCAGCUCCAUUCUUGGAGUUACCAUCAAAUGGCGAAAGUUUGAUGGAGCACCAGGACAGCCCCUUACCACUGCUCUCAUCAAGGAGGAAGAAAGGAGGCCUGGGAGUCAUAUCGACUACUCACCUCUAUUCCUGCCUUCUGGUAGAGAGCUCUACGAGUGGUAUCUCAAAGCCAAGCAGCAAACAAUUGAUGCCAAGUUUGAUUUCUUCGCUGAUUUCCACGUGUUUCCCAGACAUGUGAUAGGCAUUGAGCUAGUCAUCUACACUGCCGAUGAGGCCAAGGAGGUUGAUCAGCUUAUGCGCCAUGUUCUUCACGAUGCAGCUGAGAUGGGUUACACGGCAUAUCGUACCCAUGUCGAUUAUAUGGAUGAAGUUGCAUCUCACUUCAACUUCAACGGUGGCGCUCUGCGACGAUUCACUACCAUGCUCAAGAAUUUCCUAGACCCCAAUGGGAUUUUAUCUCCUGGAAAAUCUGGGAUUUGGCCAUCCGGCGGACUGAGCGUGAAACGAAGCCUCGGAUGCAGAUAG